UUCGGAUCAAACAUUUUUAGAUAAUAGAUAUUUGUACUUGAUAUUUUAUAAUAUGGAUAAUUCUAACUUUGCUUCAGGAGAUAAUACUGAAUCUCAAUCGAAACCAUUGUCACCAACAGUAAAAGAAGAUAAAAUAAACGAUACGCGAUCAAGUGAAAAUGGAAAAAAUGAAGAGGAAAUUGAAUUAAAAAUUGAAGACGAAUUGAAAUCUAAAACCGAUGACGAUAAGGUCGUCGAAAUACAUGAAAACAAUGAAAACCGUUCUGAUCUCGUAGAAAGAAUCGGUCAAUGCAGAAGCAUUAUUGAGUCUUUGAAACUACAGCUCAAUCAAGAAAAAGCUCGUAUAACACAAGAAUCAAAAGUUUCUCACUACAUUCCACCUGAGCCUGAAACAAGCAAUUACUCUACCCCAUCUGAUAUUUAUGGUGGCUGUAUUGAUAGCAAAUUAGCCUGCGAUGAAAAUCUAAUGGAGUAUGAAAAACAAUUAGAAAAGUAUCAAAACACACUUAACAUGGCUCAGUUGGAAAAAAAGAAUGCAAUUAGGAAACAAAUGCUAGCCAGAGCGUUCAAGCUUAAGUUAAUGGAAUUAGAAAAUCAGUGUAAUAUUGAACUUUUACGUGUUAAACAAAGUUUACAAUGUUUGAAACCAUUGCAGAUGAUUGCUAAUAACUGGAAAUCCAGUAGUGAUAACAUAAACUAUGAUUUCACGAAUUUCGAACUUAUACCAAGAUAUCCUGAUCUGAAUUCAGUUUCCGUAAGCGAAGACUCCUCUAUGAUUGAUGAGAAUGAAAGUAAAAUUACUAAGACACCUGUUUAAGAUAUGAAACAGGUUAUUUAUAAAACAGAAAGUGUAUCAAAAUUUCAUAAAUUUCGUUUCGAAUAUUGUUUAUUUGUAAAGAAUAUAAUAAUCAAAUACAUACAUGAAUUAAAUUGUUAACAAUUU